UAAGCAACGAUGUUGACGGAAGAAGAGAUUACGAAGCUCUACAGAGUUCGGAAGACACUAAUGCAAAUGCUGAAAGACAGGGACUACACGAUUGUGAAUCAUGAUCUGAACAUGUCAAUGUCGCAGUUCAAGAACAAAUAUGGAGAGAACAUGAAAAGGGAGGACCUUACUAUCAAUAGUAGGAAGAAAGACAACGAGUCUGAUCAGAUUUACGUGUUUUUCCCUGAUGAACCUAAAGUUGGGGACGAAAUGAAGAGUUACGUGAAUCGCAUGAAACAGGAGAAUGUGACUAGAGCAAUCUUAGUUGCUCAACAGAAUCUGACUCCUCAGGCAAAGUCCGUCAGUGAGAUGGGUUCAAAGUACCACUUGGAGAUUUUCCAGGAAGCAGAAUUGUUGGUGAAUAUUAAAGAGCAUGUUCUAGUUCCUGAGCAUCGGGUUCUUACAAAUGAGGAAAAGAAGACUUUGCUGGAGAGGUACACCGUGAAAGAGACACAGCUUCCUCGUAUCCAGCUUAUUGAUCCGAUUGCAAGAUAUUACGGGCUUAACCGUGGACAAGUUGUGAAGAUAAUUCGGCCAAAUGAGACUGCAGGACGAUAUAUCACCUACCGUUACGUUAUCUGAGUACUCACUAGAUGAAACCUUGAUUGCAUUAGUCUUCUUCAUAGAGUUCACAAUAUUCCAGGCUUAAGCGUGGACAAAUUGUGAUGAUAAUCCGGCUAAGUGAGACUGUAGGACGAUAUGCCAUCUUCUGUUAUGUCGUCUAAGUACUUUUGUUAUAAGCUGAAACCUGAAUUCCAGUAGUCUUAUUUUAAUUGUCGUAAUGGUAGGUUGGCUCAGUUGAGAUAUUGGAGAUUUCUGAUGUCUUCAACUCGUGUUGUGCAUUGUAGUAUCUGUAAUGUGCGGUUGCGUAAUGCUGAACUCCCAGUGAUCUA